GACCCGCUCCCAGGCGGGUUUUCCAGGGACAGCUGGAGCUGCCGGCGGGGUCAGGAUGUGACAUCACUGACCGGAGAAAAUCCCUCGGCCCCGGUUUCUCUAGCGAAACCCCCGUGAGCUCUGGAGCGAGGCAGUUCUCCCUGCCGCUGUUGCUGCUGCGAUCCCCAAACUGCCAAUCGUCCCGAAAGAGAGCCUGGACUUCGUAUCUUUUUAAUUUUUUUUUUUUUUUCCCCUUUUUUCCUGAAUAAGAGCAGAAAGCGCAGCGGAGGGAUUUGAGACUGGAAGCCGCCGUGCCGGGGGAUGAGCUCGCAGGCCUGGAGCUCCCGGUGUUUGGAAUUACGGCUCUGACAACAGAGUAACCACCCGUGGGACUGAACCAGAGCUGUUGGACGCCACUGAGGCCAUUGGACGCUUCAGGGCUUGCAGCAAGUUACUGGUAGCAGCAGUGAGAUCUCAGCUCCCAGGAAUGAGAAACCUCCAUCCCUGAAGACCCCAGCCCUGGGUUUCAUGUCGCUCUGAGCCUCUGCCCUCACCCUGGCUGGCCCUGCCCGCAAUGGCCCUGUGUCUCAAGCAAGUCUUCAACAAAGACAAAACGUUCCGCCCCCGAAAGAAGUUUGAGCCGGGCACGCAACGCUUUGAGCUGUACAAGAAGGCCCAGGCCUCGCUCAAGUCCGGGCUGGACCUGAAGGCAGUGGUGCAGCUGCCUCCCGGCGAGAGCAUCAACGACUGGAUCGCCGUGCACGUGGUGGACUUCUUCAACCGCAUCAACCUCAUCUACGGCACCAUGUCGGAAUACUGCACGGAGAGGAGCUGCCCCAUCAUGUCCGGGGGGCUCAAGUACGAGUACAGGUGGCAGGACGACAGCAAGUACAAGAAGCCGACCAAGCUGUCGGCCCCGCAGUACAUGUGCAUGCUGAUGGACUGGAUCGAGAUGCUCAUUAACAACGAGGACGUCUUCCCCACCAGGAUAGGUGUUCCCUUCCCCAAGCAGUUCCAGCAAGUCUGCACCAAGAUCCUCACCCGCCUCUUCCGUGUCUUUGUCCAUGUCUACAUCCACCACUUUGACAGCAUCAUCAACAUGGGUGCUGAGGCUCACGUCAACACCUGCUACAAACACUUUUAUUAUUUCAUCAGGGAGUUCAGCCUCAUUGACCACCGGGAGCUGGAGCCUUUGAAAGAAAUGACAGAACGAAUUUGCCACUGAAGUCUGGCAGAUGAACUCAGCUGGCUCACUCAGAGCCCGGUGGGACAAGACGCCCUGUGGUGGGAGACCUCUUCCUUGGACUUGCUCUGGGCAUUCCAGCUCAGUGACCUAUGAACACUGCAGAGGAGCCUCUUCAGGUCAGGGCUGAAUCCUAAGUUUUCCAAGAACCUCUGGACAGAUUUUUGUUUUCAUGGAUCCCAAUCUCCGUUGUAUGGUUCCUGUUUUAGAAAGCCACUGACUUACUGGAGAAUGAGGGAAGUCCAGUUUACUUUUGCACACUCUUGAUUUCUAAGACUCAAUCUGACAUCAAAUUUUCAGCAACCUUCCCUCUCGUUUGUCCUCAGCUACACUGAUCUCCAAAUUUUUCAUUAGCAAUUCCUGCCCUGUGAGCAGGUGUGACCUUGGCUUCCAGGCAUUGAUUGGGUUUCUGGUAACACCUGAGAUCAGCCCCACAAAGCUGGUGGUAUUUCAUCCCACUGCCUUCACAUGGUUAGUUGUUGAUGUGUGUACAGCAUAAACAGAACAGACAAUUGGGGAUACAAGCAUCAAAAAGUCACCCCAGGACAUUGUGCUGUUUUUAAGCAUGAGCUAUGAAUGUCUCCUGCCCUAAUUCAUGCUUUACCAAAGGGACCAUUUUUCCCUUCAAGGGACUUUUCGCAUUUGGGAGAGGGGACUUGAUGAUGUUCUAAGAUGCAUCCAGUACUGCUUGGACUAAUGGCAAAUGGCCCCAUGACUGAGGAGGUGAACUAGGUCACUAUUCAGUGUGAUCAGCAUAGCCUACCUGAGAAAGACUCAGAAACUGGUGAGAAGAAGCUGUUGCCACUAAACAACACUUUCAACAUGUCAGCAUUUCCUGAAGUGUUGUCUUGGCUCGAGAUGGGCAAAUGCUGGUUGUAGAAACUGUUGGUUUUCCAUUACCCAACCUUCCAGCAGGUGAAGAAGGACUCAUAAGAGACAUCUCCUCUACUCGGUCCCCUUCCAACCCAAUAUUAUUUUGUGAUUCUUAAACCUUUUGGACCAUCUGCAAGCAUACAAUUGCUACCUGAUCUGUGCCAUUACUCCCCUGAGAGGUCUCAUGUUUCGAAAUUUCCUCCCCUUCCGCUUGAAGUGCCUGAUAAGUAGUGUUGUGUUCCCUGUGCCAUUUUUAUUUUGACAAAAAAUGUUUUUAUUUUUUCCUUUUUUAUUGCUUUGGGGGAGUGAAAAUCAAUUUGUCUGAGCCACAGAAUUGUUAUGUUUGUGUUUCCUGCUCUUUUUCUGGGAAAGUUUUCUAUAUCUGACACAGAUAAUCUUUAUAUUCUGGGGUUUGCCCAAUUUUGGGGUAGGUAGGGGAUGUGGCUAAAAAAAUGUAAAUGUUUAGGCCAACAUUAAAGUGCACAAGUGAAUUUUUAGCGCUCAAAGCACUUACUUUGUUGUGAAAAUCUAUUUUUCUUUAAUCUUGUGUACCAGAUGUAUAUUUUUACACGGAAAUAAAACAAAGCAAUAUGGACACAAAACCACCUGAUCCAUCAUUCCAGUAUCCUCUGUGUAAAACAAUCAGGCAAAAUCCAAACAUUUGUUCUGUUACUUAUUAAAGAAAUAUUAAUAAUCCAGGUGUACUUCAUUCUUCCCUGAUUCAUCUGUAUUAAACAGGUCUAAUGAACAAGGGUAACUUGAAGAGUGGUU